AUGGCGUCCGCCGAUAUUGCUACCCGCGAGCUCGAGAACCCCGUGGAUCUUGCGGAAUAUUUGUUUCGUCGCCUUCACGAAGUUGGAAUUCGUGCUGUCCACGGAGUCCCAGGGGACUACAAUCUGGCAGCUCUUGAUUACCUCCCGAAGGCCAACCUGGACUGGGUGGGGAACUGCAAUGAGCUCAAUGCCGGCUACGCUGCCGAUGGCUACGCCCGUAUCAAAGGAAUCAGUGCUCUGAUCACCACCUUCGGUGUGGGAGAGCUGUCUGCGCUCAACGCCAUUGCAGGCGCUUACUCGGAAUUCGUGCCUAUUGUCCACAUCGUUGGCCAACCAAACACAAAGUCGCAGCGAGAUGGAAUGCUUCUUCACCACACUCUUGGAAAUGGUGACUUCGAUGUUUUCACCAAAAUGAGCGCUGCUAUCUCCUGCUCUGUCGCCCGUCUCACCGAUCCCCACGAUGCGGCAACACUGAUCGACAGCACGAUCCGCGAGUGCUGGGUGCGCAGUCGUCCCGUCUACAUCACCCUCCCCACUGACAUGGUCUAUGCCAAAGUAAACGGCAAUCGUCUGAAGACCCCAUUGGACCUCUCACUGCCGGAGAACGAUCCCGAGAAAGAAGACUACGUUGUGGAUGUGGUUUUGAAAUACCUUCAGAACGCCAAGAGCCCUGUCAUUCUUGUGGAUGCUUGCGCUAUCCGACAUAAAGUCCUGGAUGAAGUACGUAGCCUCGUGGAGGCUUCGGGCUUGCCCACUUUUGUCACUCCAAUGGGAAAAGGUGCGGUAAAUGAGACCCAUAAGAACUUCGGUGGUGUGUACGCUGGUGACGGAUCAAAUCCUGGAGUCCGCGAAGUGGUCGAAUCCUCCGACCUCAUCCUCAGCAUCGGCGCCAUCAAGUCUGAUUUCAACACUACUGGUUUCACUUAUCGUAUCGGCCAACUCAAUACGAUCGACUUUCACAGUACCUAUGUACGGGUUCGUUACUCCGAAUAUCCUGAUAUCAACAUGAAGGGCGUCCUCCGAAAGGUGGUCGCCAAAAUGGGCAAGCUAAAUGCUGUCCCUGCGCCCAUAGUCAACAACACUCUGCCAGACAAGGAGAAGAAAUCAAGCAGUCAGACCAUUACUCAUGAUUGGUUGUGGCCUAUUGUUGGUCAAUGGUUGAAACCGAAGGACGUGGUUCUUACAGAAACUGGAACCGCAAAUUUUGGUAUCUGGGACACUCGUUUCCCUGAAGGCGUAACAGCUAUCAGCCAAGUUCUUUGGGGUAGCAUCGGAUAUUCUCUGGGCUCAUGCCAGGGAGCCGCCUUGGCCGCGAAAGAGCUCGGCCGCCGUACCAUCCUGUUUAUCGGAGAUGGAAGCACCCAGUUGACAGUCCAGGAGCUGAGCACUAUGCUCCGUAAUAAACUUAAUCCCAUUAUUUUCGUCAUCUGCAACGAAGGCUACACCAUUGAGCGAUACAUCCACGGGUGGGAUGCAAGCUACAACGACAUCCAGCCCUGGGACUUUGCCAACAUUCCCAAGGCCUUCGGUGCCGAUGAUGGAUACAAGUCCUACCGAAUUAAGUCUCGGGAUGAGCUGAACAACCUGUUUGCUGAUCAGAGUUUCAAUGAGCAUAAGACCUUGCAGUUGGUUGAACUCUACAUGCCUCGCGACGACGCGCCUUCGGCAUUAAAAAUAACCGCCCAGGCUGCGGCUGCGCGCAACAAAUAG